GAUACAGAUAACUAUAAACAUACCAACAUCAACAACAGUGUUGUUCUUAUCAAAUAUAUAUAAUCAUAUAUAUAAUAACUAUCCAUUAUCGAACCUUUGCAAACUGCAAUCUCUGGUUUUGUGGCGGCGCGGCGACAACAUGAAGUUCUGGAAAAUCCUAAGCAACCUUAUCGAGGAAACUUUGCCUGAGUGGCGAGACAAGUUCUUGUCCUACAAGGACCUCAAAAAGCAGCUUAAGCUUAUUUACCCGACCCAUCAACCCAACAAUAAACGCCGCAGAUUGGACCACCCCAUUUCCACAGCCGACGAAGAAAGCGAGACCCAGGUGUCGAAGGAGCUCGUCGAUUUUCUCAGGCUUUUGGAGGUCGAGAUCGACAAGUUCAACGCUUUCUUUGUCGACAAGGAGGAGGAGUACGUUAUUAGAUGGAAGGAGCUGCAAGAUGGUAUAGCAAAGGCCAAAGAUUCAAGCGAAGAGUUGAUUGAAGUAGGGAGAGAAGUAGUGGAUUUUCACGGAGAGAUGAUUCUCUUAGAGAAUUACAGUGCACUUAACUACACAGGAUUAGUGAAGAUACUGAAGAAAUAUGACAAGCGAAGCGGUGCUCUUGUUCGCCUGCCUUUUAUCCAAAAAGUCUUGCAAGAACCAUUCUUCUCAACUGAUGUGCUUAACAAUCUUGUGAAAGAGUGUGAAUGUGUGCUUGAUAAUCUUUUCUCCAAGAAUGAUGACCCAUCAGGCUGUCCUGAAGCAACCAAUAAGGAAGAAGGGAAUGAUCCCAAGGCUGCGACUGAAAGUAAACAAAAACAACUUAAAGUUCCCAAAGAACUCGCAGAAAUCGAGACUAUGGAGAGCAUGUACAUGAAGCUAACGUUAUCAGCAUUGCGUGCCGUAAAAGAGAUUCGGAGUGGAAGCUCAACAGUGAGUGAGUUUUCAUUGCCCCCUCUGCAAAACAAUGCAACGGAGUUGAAAAAUAUUCCUCUCCUAGAACAAGCAGCCAAAUAGUUAUAGAGUAAUUCUCUCUCUCCCCUUCCCUUGUACAUUUCCCUUUCCAUUGUCACUGGAUACCAACACAAUUGUAUGCUAAUAACCACUUUCUGGAUGGUACUUUGGAAAAUCUUUUUUCCCUCUUUUGUAGAGAAUUUCAGAUCUUGGUAUGCUUUUGAUCUAUUUUUUCAAAAUGAUGUUUUUAGCUUGAAUAUUAAGGACCACUACUUAUUGAAAUCUGACUAUAAUCGGUUUGUGCAAUGGAGGAUCUUUCCUA